AUUGGGUGAGUGCGGUGGGUGAUGGGCGGUGGUGGGAGAGGGGAGGACGGGGCUGACCCAGGUGAAGUAGAUCCGGUGGUUGGUGAAGCGGGACUCGGUGUCAUAGAGGAAGAAACAGGGGAUGGGAAGGGAGGGGGCAGAGUUGUGAUAGGGAGAAUGAGAGAAUUACUUGAGCAGGGGGGAGAUCGAGCUGGAUCUGGACCACAAGCAGAGGGGUGCGAGCCAUCCUACAGAGAAAGGAUGGCAAGGUUUGGCAGAUGGGAGGCGAUAGCAACGGCAGAUGGCAAAGAGGCAGGCAAGGCUGGGCGGGGAUCAAAGGAGAGAUCCGAAAUUGGUGCCGGUGAUGAGGAGGCUGGGGGGAUGGAAGGCGGAGGAUGAAUUAAAGAGGAAAGAAUCGAGAUUUGCGGUUGAGUAGGAUCGGGAUUAGCUGAAUUUGGGGGGUUUGGGUUGCCAUUGGAGACCCGAAAUGGAAAGAGAUCCUCAUGAAAGAUAACAUGUUUUGAAAUAAAUAUUUUAUUAGAUU